UGGAGCCAGCAGAGGUCGGAGCGCGGGGAGGUUGCGCAAGAAGCCCCCGCUGCUGCGCUUCAAGCUAUAAAAGCGCCGUCGGGGGCGCCUCGCCGCGGCGGCAGCAGUAGUAGGGCGGGCGCGAUCGCGGCUCCGUCGAGGACCAUGGAGUUCCUGAGCGACAAGUUCGGCCUCAAGAGCCCCCCGGCGGCGGCGGGCAAGGGCGCCGACUUCUACCUGGCCUCCGGGGGCUCCUUGGAGCACGUCAUGGAAGCGCUGGACGGCGGGGAGGCCUUCUACGCCAAAGGGGCAAGCAAAUGCGUGGCGCAGGCCGCCUACAACCCCCACGCCAGGCUCGACAGGGCGUCCCCGGCCCGGGACGGCUCGGUGAGCUACGGGAUUACCAAAGUUGAAGGUCAGCCACUUCACACGGAGUUGGGCAGGCCUCUGGACAACUGCAGCAGCCUUCGGAUGUCUCCAGUGAAGGGGAUGCAGGAGAAAGGCGAGCUGGAUGAACUCGGAGAUAAAUGUGACAGCAAUGUCUCCAGCAGUAAGAAGAGGAGGCACCGGACCACUUUUACCAGUUUGCAGCUGGAAGAGCUGGAGAAAGUGUUCCAGAAGACACAUUACCCUGAUGUUUAUGUAAGGGAGCAGCUGGCUCUGAGGACAGAACUCACCGAGGCCAGAGUUCAGGUCUGGUUUCAAAACCGAAGAGCAAAGUGGAGAAAGAGAGAACGCUACGGGCAAAUCCAACAAGCAAAAAGCCAUUUUGCAGCCACCUAUGACAUAUCUGUUCUACCAAGGACUGAUAGCUACCCACAGAUCCAGAAUAAUUUGUGGGCAGGAAACACAGCUAGUGGUUCAGUGGUGACUUCCUGCAUGCUUCCACGUGACACUUCCUCUUGUAUGACCCCUUACUCCCAUUCGCCUCGGACAGAUUCUGGGUACUCAGGCUUUUCGAAUCAUCAGAGCCAGUUCAGCCAUGUUCCCCUCAACAAUUUUUUCACUGACUCUUUACUCUCCGGAACAACCAAUGGACACGCAUUUGAAACCAAGCCGGAAUUUGAACGCAGGUCUUCCAGUAUUGCGGUUCUACGAAUGAAAGCCAAAGAACAUACUGCCAACAUCUCCUGGGCCAUGUAAUGUAGCUGAAUACUUUUCCUUUUACAUGUCAAGCAACCCACCCCACCCCACCCUUCUUAUUUCAAAUAUUUAAAGGAAUCAUCAGUAAGCUGCUGUGUGAAGAAUCGCUAGUUCAGGAUGUACCAUGAAGCCUGCUUAAGCAAAUACCUGAUAUACUGUUAAACAAUAAAAUGUAAGCAUAAAGCAUGUGUGAGGACUAAAUAGAUCCACCGAGUGCUGAUUUCCAAAAGCCCUCUAAAAAAAAGAAAUUGCCAAACAUGUUUUCUUUACCAGUUGAUGAAAUAUGAUUGUAAAACCUGCAAAAAGAAUAAACCUAUUAAAGAUGUA